GUUUACAUUGUAGGGCAUACUCCUUCCUUGCCUUAUUUUUCUUGAACCCUCCCCACUCUUAUAAUCGCUAAUCAAAUGGCAGAACCUCAGCCCACCUUUGUACAAGCCAAACCUUACAAGGUUGAUCUGGAACCAGGCAAGGAUUACUAUUGGUGCACUUGCGGUGAAUCCAAGAAUCAACCCUUUUGUGACGGUAGUCAUAGAGCUGCUGGUCAGUUCAAGCCAAAGAAGAUCACCGUAGACGAAGCCAAAACCUAUUUCUUGUGUGGAUGCAAAUACACGCAUGACCAACAAGGAUUCUGCGACGGCACCCAUCGCAAAGAAGAAGGCAUCAAAAAGUACAAUGAAUUCUUAUUGAAGGCCAACAACAAGCUGAAAGAAGAAAAGGAAACCUUCCUCAAGGCCCAACAAGAUCUCAAGGUUCAAUUGGAAGCGGCUCAAAAGAAACAAACGAUUGCCAAUAUUGUGGCUGUAUUAUCCACCGGCCUUGUCGCUGUUGGUAUUUUCGCCAAAUAUUUUGCGCUUGUCAACAAGCAAUAAAUGAUGUGAUUUUUUUUUUUUUUGCGG